UCCUACCCAGCAUUCCCGGGCACUCACUGCCUUAGCAACCGCGGAGUGAGACCGAGGCGCGGCCGGGUGAGAGGUCAGCGGAGAGACACCGAGCCAGGCAGCGGGCAGCGGGCGGCGGCGGCUCGGAGUCACCGGCAGGAGCUCAGGCCGAGAUUUCCAGGAGGAGCACGAAGGCUUUAUAACCCGUUACCAGCACCUGUAUCCCCUCUAGACUCCACCAAAGAUGUCUACCAAAACCACCAGCACCAAUAACAUCGCACAAGCGCGGAGAACCGUCCAGCAGCUGAAAGUAGAGGCGUCCAUAGAGAGAAUAAAGAUCUCCAAAGCGUCAGCCGAUCUCAUGCGCUACUGCGAUGAACAUGCUAAGAAUGACCCUUUACUGAUGGGCAUUCCCACUUCAGAAAACCCCUUCAAGGACAAGAAGCCAUGCAUUAUAUUGUAGUGUCACCACCCAACAUCUCUACUGUCUCUUCACUUAAUACGCCAAGCAAACCCUUACCGAAAUUAUACGAAAGGGUUUCUGAUUUCCACUUUAAAAAAAAUACAAAAAAAAAAAUACAAAAAAAAAAUUGCCAAAAAAAAAAUACAAAAAAGACCUUUUUGAUCUUCUCUAAUCUAUACCAAUGAUUUAUUAUUUUCUAUUUGUUUUUGUUUUUUUUUUUUUGUUUUUUUUUUUUGUAGAUUUCAUAUUCAUGGGAACAGUCUUUCUAAAACCAAACGGUUAUAAUUUCCAGGGGAGGAUCGGGGUGGUAAAUUUCUGUCCGUGUUUUCCGUGGGGUCGUAUUUUAUUUUAUGGAUCUUUCUUGUUAUGUGCAGCGUUUCGUCUAAGUGUUGCUAGGAAAAUCUUAUUAAGACCAAAGUUGCCUCCGCUUUCUGCGCAGAGUAACGCCGCAGGAUGUGACCGGUGUAGGGCAACUUGGAGGUCUAUUGCCAUAUAUAUGUCCCAUUUUUGCCACUCAAAAGCCUCUUUUUAUUUUCCCAAAUGCCCUAAUGUAGUUAAGGUGUAUUUUGCACAGGCAGCCGUUUUGGGGCUGGCUCGUUACUCCUAAGGGAUGAAUCCUAUCCGUUCAGAAUUUCCUGAUGACAUUACUGGUGUGGUGCCUCAGAACUAGGGAGUUGAUAGGUUGAAUAUAUUGCUUUAUCCCAUAAAAUAGCCGUUCCUGUUGCAUCAAGGACACUUCAUAAUUUCCAUGACCUUGAAUGCCCUUAUUUUUAAGACUGAUCAGAUCCCACCAUUUUACUUCUUUCCUGUGGGCGCAAACAGAAGUCCGCCAUGUUUGUCCGUUCUGCGUUAACAUGGUUUGACUAAGUUUUUUAAAUGCUCUUUGACAAAAGCUAGAUUAGACUUUGCCAUAUUAUGUCUAGUUUAUUAAAAGUAUUUUUGAUAUGACUUUGAGACAGAAGUUCUUAUCUGAUAUUGAGGUACCCAUACCUUACACUGCACUCCAGCUUAGUGCCGCUCACCCGGUGGUGCCCCCUACAGCACCACAACGGUUCCAUUCAAGCCAUCCAAACAUUCUCUGGAUAUCAGAAUGGCCCACCAGCAACCCCGCCUCCCCCUAUCCCAUCAGCCAACCAGAUCUCUUACUAAAAUUCCACAUUUCCUGUAAAAAAAAAAACACUUGCGUUGUACAUCACAUUUUAGGAUAGUUUUGUGCUUGAUUUAAUGUAUUUUGACCUGAAAUGUGCCACAGGAGCUAAUUUCAUCUAACUUGGUGUAAUAUUGUCUGUACAAUGAGCCGUGCCGGUGGUGACUGGUGGCUUUUUUUUCUUUUUGGCACCAAAGAAAUAGAAUGCACUCUUUGCGUUACUAUUCUGCAGUUUCUAUUUGCACACUAAAGGGGGUAUGUCUCAGAGAGUAGGGGGUCUAUACGAUGAAGCCUUGAGUUACUAGUGCAAGUAGCAUUGUGUAGACCCAAAGUAAAGCCCACAAAAGGGUAUGAUACACUAGGACAGGAUGUAUCUCUAUCAUGAUCCCUAGCGUCAUGUCUUAUUUUCAUUGGUUACCUGUAUGUUGUGUGUUACUGCCCCUCAAUCGUUGUCUGGCUUCGGUUUGUCCAACUGUGAUCUUCACUGGCCAUACGUACACUAUGUUGUGUUUCGUUCACGUUAACCAUAGCGUCAGUUCAUUGUUUAAAGCCAAGUAUUUAAACCAUUAAGCCAAAGGCCCUUUUGCACUCAGAAAUUUCCUUGCAACAGCCGCAUUGUAUCUUCUGCGGAGAAACGUGUGAGCCUAGUAUUUCUGGAGCUUCCAGACUAAUGUUUAAUGUUUUUGAUUUAUAUUUAUUUUAUUUUUUUUGUCCCUUUCGUGGGUAAAAGAGUAAAAAUGUGCAGUGUAAAUGCAGACUCUCUAAAGUGUCACUAGCUGCACGCGUUUCGCAAAGCAGUGUGUGUGUUUUUGAGCUCCCGAUAUCGGCCAAGAGAUGUGUUGCUGGAAAUUACGUUUCGGUAAUAUUACUUGUUUUCCAAAGCUGUUGCAAAGACUGUAAGAAAACUGGUGCUUUGACAUAAUGCCAUAAUCUUGUAUACGCUCCCUAAGCCGCAACACAACUUCAGUAUAUAUAUUUUUAAUAGAAUUUAUUACUCAAUAUAUGUGUUUUUAAUCGGUUACCAAGUUGAAAGUAUUUUAUUAAGUAGCAAAAUAGUUUUAAUGACAAAAUAUGGGAUUUUUAUGGGACACUCCUGUUUUACUGUCUUUUUGUUUUGCGUGGGGAAAUUUGAGGGGGGGGGGGGGUAGGGGAUUCCUAUUACCAGAAGAAUUAGUACACUCCUUAUGUGCCAUAGUGGUCAGUGUUGUGUAUGUUUUAAAGCCUCCUCUGAUUGGAGAGGGCUAAAAUGGUAGACAUCCAGCUGUUUAACUACAUCUCGCAGGGCAUGCUGGGCUCUGUAGUUCAUCUGGAGAGCCACAGGUUACCCAAUUCUGUAUUAAUUUGCCUACAAUCUGUAUUCAUGGAUUCAAAUUAGAUUGAUGUAUAAUUAAAAUACUGUUCUUUAUAAUGGCUACCGACGUGUUUCCCAGACGACUGGUUAUUCAGUGUUCACAAACUAAACACAACAGAGGCAGCCAUUUUUUUUGGGGGGGAGGGGCAUUACAGCCUAUCCGUUCUCUAGGAUGUAGUGACUUCAUGUAGGCAACAAUCUCCCUCUUCGGCCACGCAACUUCUCUUGGCCAAGUACUUUCCUGAGAAAAUCUAGACUCCGCCUGUGUGCUAAUAUUACUAAGUUAAUAUAUUUUAUCUUCCCGAUUGAUUCAGGCUACAAAAUGGCUGCCUCCGCUGUGCAGACAAAAACUGGAUUUCAAGGUGCGACAUUUCUCAAACAGUUUGAUGCUAUUUCUGGAGUUAGAAACUCUUCAGCUGAAAUUUAAGAGCGCAUUGUACUUUAUAAUUGGCACUGGUAUGGUUUAUUACAUAGAGGCAUAUACUUGCGUUCUCUCUAAAGCCACUCCCGAGAUCUAGCUGUUUUUACCCAGAUAUCAUUGGCCACUAGCAGGCCAAGCACCAAGGGACUGUCCGAUUGUUAGACUUUACGUAGGUGAAGUACCACUAGUCAUUUAAGUGGACGUUUUUUGGGGACAUUUGCGACACGUCUGCUGCACUGAAAAGGGAGCACAAAAACUCUCCCCGCUCCCUUUAUUUACUACUCGCCGGUAGCGUCCACCCGACACAGAUUUGCGGCAGCGACCUGGGUUAAUGGACCCAGCGCAGUCUAAGCAUUGUCUCAGCCACACAGCCAUAUACGGGAUGGGAGUAGGGGGCAUAUCACGGAGGUGUUUGUGGCCCAUCGCAGCAUUCAGAACCCUCCCUGGACGUCUCGUGUAAACAUCCUCCUGUGCCUGAAAGUCUGCGUUCCAGGGUUCUUACUAGGCCCUAAUCGGUGACUGCGGUUUGCAGAAGUUGUGAGGCUCUGAAUGAGUCUCUCAUGCCCUCUGUCACGGGGGUGGGGGAAAUGCACAGUAUUAAGCCAGCCUUUGGUCGGAUGUCUGCCCUCGUGCCCCCCCUCUUUCCCGCCCGCUCCCUGGAAGCAGUGCUGGUUUUUGCUGGAAUAACUUUUCUCAGAAGCUACAGCAAACAGUGAUUACCGUGUGUAUGUGACACAUGGGGAGAAUACUGCACUCCAGUCAGCAAUGUCAAGAAUUUAAAAACUGUUGCAGUAUAGUCUUGGCUUCCAAGAGGAAUUUAGGUCUCGGUACAGCAAGUUUUUGUGGGUGGGCUCCAUACAUGCCUAGGACAGGGUUUGUGUGCUGAUCCUAGCGAUGGGGGGAGUGGCUAGCACUGAGAAGCGUUAGGCCACACCCUGUUAUUAUAACCCUCCGCUGCUGCGCCCACUACUUGCCACCCUCACUGCCACGCUGCAAUGAAGAUGCUGACGAUCGGUGGGGAAGGCUGAGAGUGUUGCACACUACACAAGCAGGCCCAGUUUUAAUGUUCGGGAGGGAAUCAUCUGUAUUCCACCUGUAAAUCAUUUUUACGCGAGCGCCCAGAAUAGGAAAAUAAUGCCUAGAUUUAUCAAGUCUUGGAGAGUGAUACAGGCCGUGUUUGAAAAAUGACAGUUAAGGGCUGAUUGGUUGGUACUUUAUCACCGUACAAAUUUAUCACUCUCCAAGGCUUGAUAAAUCUGGGCCUAAGAUUGUUGUGGACUAGUCUCCACGGUUUAUGACCUAUAGUUCUACUUCCUUCCAAACGAUAGGACGUUCUGUCACAGCUCCCGAUACCUCUGUCUCACCACAUGCGUGCUAUAUGCAAAUGCUGUUCAUCAUUUAGAUCAUGAGUGCAACUGUUCAGUAUGCGACUCCACAAUACAUGCCAAGGAUACACUGCAGACACCUACACAGUACUGACGGCAUUGUGUCUGUAUCCGUACACAAGCUACAGCCAGUUCUCUUCUAAUUUGGAGACGCACCUGUCUAUCCCUCUAACAGUCACCGUUUUUGUAACAUUCCUUUUGUAGUUCCACAUUGACGAUGUCUGUAUUAUGUCUUAAACAUAAAACACUAUUUGUCCUUUUUGAAAAUAAUUUUUGCUCCAUGUUUUAAACUUAUUAAAAUGUUGAAUGUGAUUUUCUAAA